UUUGACAUCAAAAUCAACAAUGUUACAUACCAGAUUCUUGAAUCGCGACGAUAAAACGUUGCAUGUCUUCUUUCAACAGGAAACUACAAUUUUGACUUCAAGGCCGACUACAACUGAGACAACAGUGCGAUCAACAAUGUUAACUGCACAGAAAACAACAUCAGAGCCUACAACUGAGCAUACUACUGGCAAAACCACCACGUUACCAACAACAGUAAAAACAUCUGAACAUUCUACACGUCAAACAACCACAGCAACAACAACCGCUGCAACAACGUCACACACAACUACCAUAUUUACAGUUACACCGACGAGAGAGGCAUCAACUCCUAGCACCACUGCCAAAACCACGACACAAACGACGGAGGAAACUACCAUUUUGACUUCAAAACCGACCACAGCUGAGACAACGGUACAAACAACAAUAUUAACAACGCAGAAAACAACACAAGAACCUACAACUGAGCGUACAACCAGCAAAACAACAACGUUACCUACAACAGUUGAAACAACCAUGCUAACAACGCAGAAAACAACGCUUAAACCUACAACGGAGCGUACUUCUGGCAUGACAACCACGCUACCGAUAACACAGAAACCAACGACAGAACCUACAACAGAAUAUACAUCAGCCGCAACAACCUUUGAAACGACCCCACGUACAACCACCAAAGAGCCAACGACUGCACGCACCACCGCCAAAACUACUACAAAAACCACCACCGCCAAAACUACUACAGCAACAACAACAGAGAAAACAACUGUUUCAACGUCGUCACCGGCAACAACUCCUAAGACAACACUGGUUACAACGCUACUUACUACGCAGAAAACAACUUCAGAACCUACAACAAAACUAACUACCUUCAAAACAACUACAUCUCCCACAACAAUACAAACAUCUGCACGUUCUUCGAUAAGAACUACAUCUCCAACAACAACUAAAACGACGUUACGUCCAACUUCAGAAGUAUCAACUACAAAGACAACCACUGUACUUACCACCCAGAAAACAACACCACAAACAACUGAGGAAACUACCAUUUUGACUUCAAAACCGACUACAGCUGAGACCACGGUACAAACAACAAUAUUAACAACGCAGAAAACAACACAAGAACCCACAACUGAGCGUACAACCAGCAAAACAACCACGUUACCUACAACAGUUGAAACAACCAUGCUAACAACGCAGAAAACAACGCUUAAACCUACAACGGAGCGUACUUCUGGCAUGACAACCACGCUACCAAUAACACAGAAACCAACGUCAGAACCUACAACAGAAUAUACAUCAGCCGCAACAACCUUUGAAACGACCCCACGUACAACCACCAAAGAACCAACGACUGCGCGCACCACCGCAAAAACUACUACAGAAACCACCACCGCCAAAACUACUACAGCAACAACAACAGAGAAAACAACUAUUUCAACGUCCCCACGGGUAACAACAACUAAGUCAACAAUUGCAACAACACUACAUACAACACAGAAAACAACUUCAGAACCUACAACAAAACUUACUGCCUUUACAUCACCCACAACAAUCCAAACAUCGCAACGUUCUACAAUAAGAAACACAUCUCCAACAACAACUAAAACGACACUACGUCCAACAACAGAAGCAUCAACUACAAAGACAACCACUGUACUUACCACACAGAAAACAACACCGCAAACAACUAAGAAAACCACUAUUUCAACGUCCUCACCGGCAACAACAGCAAAGACAACAAUGGUUACAACACUACCUACUACGCAGAAAACAACUUUAGAACCUACAGCAAAACUCACUACCUUCAAAACAACUACGUCACCCACAACAAUACAAACAUCGGAACGUUCUACGGUACAAACCACAUCUCCAACAACAACUAAAACGACACUACGUCUAACCACAGAAGCAUCAACUACAAAGACAACCACUGUACUUACCACACAGAAAACAACACCACAAACAACUAAGCAGACGGUGUCGACUUCCAUACAACCAACAACGGUAACAACAAUACAAACAACACCACACACAACACAGAAAACAUCUUCAGAGACUACAACAGAGCGUACUGUCGGAAAAACAACCAUUAUUCCCACAACAAUACAAGCAUCCAAACAUUCCACAAUUGAAAGAACCUCUCCGACGACAACUAAUUUUAAGACAACUGCAAGGACAACCACGGACGUUUCGACUGUAAUAACAACUUCUGCACACACCAGUACAAACACUACAAUAGAAACAACAAAGAAAACAACUAUUUCAACGUCCUCACCGGCAACAACAGCAAAGACAACAAUGGUUACAACGCUACUUACUACGCAGAAAACAACUUCAGAACCUACAACAAAACUCACUACCUUCAAAACAACUACAUCACCCACAACAAUACAAACAUCGGAACGUUCUACGGUACAAACCACAUCUCCAACAACAACUAAAACGACACUACGUCCAACAACAGAAGCAUCAACUACAAAGACAACCACUGUACUUACCACACAGAAAACAACACCACAAACAACUGAGAUGGUUUCGACUGCCAUACAACCAACAACGGUAACAACAAUACAAACACCACCACUCACAACACAGAAAACAUCUCUAGAGACUACAACAGAGCGCACUCUAGGGAAAACAACAACCAUCCCCACAACAAUACAAACAUCCAAACAUUCCACAAUUGAAAGAACAUCUCCCACGACAACUAAUUUUAAAACAACUGCAAGGACAACCACGGACGUUUCGACUGUGAAAGCAACUUCUGCACACACAAGUACAAACACUACAAUAGAAACAGCAAAGGUAUAGGAAAGUUU